AUGGCAUUUGAAUCUUACGGGCUUGAAAAUAUAAAAAUUCAUGUUCCUGAAGGAGGAUUUUUUGGCCAGUUGAACAAACUUCUGGGCAUUGGUUGCUCAUCAGAGCAGUCAUCAGGUAUGCGUAAUAAGUUCACGACUGAAACUUGGGACAAUGGGACUCAAGUUGAUAAAUCCACCAAAUCUUUCAAAUUAGAACCUCUUGUAAGAAACGUUAACUAUAAUAUAAAUGCUCAACGAGCAUUGGAAGAAGAAUACCCGAUCUUUAAAGAGCAUGGAAUAUUGAAGAUGAAAAGAACCAAGAAAACUUAUUUUCCUUCGCUAAUAAUUAAAUGA